CGUUAGACAAUCACAAUUAGAUAACAAUUUGUUGCUAAUGCAACACAAAUUAGCAUCAAUUUGGACGAUGUGGAUUGUGUAGUGAUGAUAAAGCAAUUAUCACCAAAUAAUAGCUGAGAUGUUUAUCUAAUUAUCACUUAGCAUAUUACCAUUCGAAAGAUCGCCAGUUUUCUGUUUGAAGCAUUUCAGUUGUGCAAGUUCCUACCGGGAUUUUCACUUGUUGAAUAUUUAUUAAAACAAUUUUUCGUGUGUCUAAAAGAACGUCAGUGAAAUAGAAAACGUGAAUAAGUCCUUUUAAUGGACAUUUAAACUAUUACAUACUUACAUUUUCGUGAAACUUUUAGUAAGAAAUGUAAGAUUGAUCCAUUUCUAAGUACAUCAGGAAUAUGAAGAAGACUAUAAUAAUUUUUGUAACAAUCAUCACAGGAUUAUCCCAAAAGGCAGGUCUGGCCCUGAAAUGUUAUCAGUGCAAUUCUUUUGAAGACCCUAGGUGCGACAGCUUAGCAGAUUCAGCCAUUUCAUCAAAGUAUUACACUGAUUGUAAAUCUUUGAAUGGAACCCUGACACCUUUCUGCAGAAAAACUACUACUGAAGUUUUUAUGGGCAACGAUUAUCGUGUUGUUCGAGCAUGUGGCUGGGAGCUGUGGAAGAAAAUCAACGAAUCAAAAUGUUACAAAUCUGAUACAGAUUUUAAGUUUCAAACCAGUUGUCAAUGUUUCACCGAUGGUUGUAAUAUAGCCCCAACACGACGUCCGUUUUCCUGCUUUCUACUCCUGAUUCUUACAAGUGUCUUACUAAUCGUUAAGUCAAAUAUAAUCAGAUGAAGUCAAUAAAAACGUACCUACUUA